GAUUUUGUAAAAACAGUGUAUUAUAAAAAAGUAUCUGAAAAUAAUUAGAAGUUCAAAAAUGGGCUCAGAUGUGUUAACUGAUGAGGCUGAAAAGUUAAAGGAGUUAGCGAGGUCCAAGGGGCUUUUAUUACCAAAUUUGGAUGAAAUUAAUCCUAAUGUUGAAAGAGAAGAUUAUAAUCUUUCAAUAAUUGAUAUUUCUAACAAAUUUGAGGGGAUAUAUACUCUAAUUCAGGACAUAAGAGGUAGGAAAUUCAAGUACGAUAAUCUCACUAACUGGAACCCCUUUCAAUUCGAGUAUCAUCAUGGUUGUAAACCUUUCUUCACCAAAAAUAUUGAAAAUUUUGGCUAUGAUCCUAACACAUCGAACUGCAAGUGCCCUGAAAAGUAUUUUCCCUGUACUUUAAAUCAUGCUCUUUCUGACAUUUCAAAUUGGUCAAACAGCAUACGUGAGGAAAAUACGGAUGGCCCAGUGGAAGAUUUAGCCAUUGUUGUCGAUGGUCUACAAAAGAUAGAUAUCCAGGGCAAAUCAAUCACGAAAGAAGGUGAACUAACUGGUUUGAAUGAAUCACAAGGUGACUCAAACCUUGAGAACCAAAUUUGCAAGAGUUCUGACGUCAUACUUUGCUCUUCUAAGGGCUUUGUAACCCAAAAUACUCAGUGGUCAGAUUGGAGUGGGUGUAGUACCAAAUGUGGCCCUGGAAUCCAGGAAAGAUUCAGAAUAACUUACAACGAAAAUAAUUACAAACUACUUAAGGAAUCAAGAGCCUGUGAAUUGGCCAAAUGCCCUUACAAAUAUGCCUCGGAUGGAGCUAAAUGUGUUCUCACAAAAACAAAAACAUACGCACGUUUGGACGACCAAUUUGACCCAUCAUAUCAAAUAGCCGAAUGCGAAUGUAAGGAAGGGGAAAGAUUAUGUACUUCUGAUGAAGCCUACAAAUCAAUCAAUGGCUGGAUUUCACCAUUUAGAGAAUACUGUGAUUCAGAGCUAACCAAGAAUCAGGAUUCUAACAUAUUACAAAAGGAUAUCAUGGACAAAGGAAAGGAAAUCUUCGGGAAAGGUUUAAAAAUCGAAUUUUCAGACGGUUUCUACUUCGACUGUUCUGAGAAUUGGGGAAUAGGCCAGCCGAAUGACUUACACAUAUACUGUAAAACAGGAUCGCCGGUGUUGUGUACAAAGGAAAGUCCAAUCGAUUAUCCAGAAUUGCCGGUCUCUUUGGCUGAGGUUCAAUCGUAUAUAAGAAUCAGAAGUGAUUAUACUGGGUUCAUUUUAGCGGGCUUUGUGUUAAUAUUGCUGAUGAUUCUAUUUAAAAUUUUUAACAAGAAAAGUCGAAAUUAA